AUGGACCCCAAGCAACUUGGUGAUGUGUCCUCACCGGUGUCUGAGUCAAGACUAAAAAUCAAUGCACGUCGAGGUGCGCACACAAUUGCGCAUCAUUUCAAACGCCAUGUUGGCGUCGGAAUCAUCUGCUCUGUGGCGUAUUUCGACCCGGGAAAUUGGAGCGUAGAUCUCCAGGCUGGGGCGAGUUUUGGCUACCGCCCGAUGCUCUUCGUUGUUCUUAUGGCGGGUCUGGGGGCGAUCGUGCUCCAGACUUUGGCUUGCAAACUGGGCUGUGUAACGGGCAUUGACCUUGCCAGUCAUUGCAGACUGCUCCUACAUAAUCACCCUCGUCACCCUCGUCUCGUCCGGCGACUGGUUCUCUACCCUCUCUACGUUCUAUCAGAAAUCGCCAUCAUAUCUACAGACCUCGCCGAACUACUCGGCUCUGCGAUUGGCCUUUGUCUGCUGUUCCCAAAGCUACCACUAUGGGCUGGCGUCGUGCUCACAGCUGCUGAUGUUCUGAUAUUCCUUUCAUUUAGCGACCCCUCUCGAGGCCAAGGUCGUCCGGUGAGAUUGUUUGAAUUCACAAUCAUUGGCUUGGUGUUCGCAGUGUUCGCUUGCUUCGUCGUCCUCCUUGUCAAGGUGGAGCCAGAUUGGCCAAAGGUGUUCAUGGGGUACAUACCAAACAAAGGCCUCUUCCAGUCCGAACCUGAUGCGGUCUACACUGCAGUUGGAAUACUGGGAGCGACGGUGAUGCCACAUGCGAUAUUUUUAGGGUCAUCCCUAGCUACACAAGAUCGCGUUUCCGACGCUCCUCCGGAAGAAAAACUACCAACACCAGCAUUGGCACAAACAGGAAAAGCGCGAAUCCAUCAGAUCGUCCGUUCCCUAUUCCGAAUCGACCACACAGAACGAGUCGCGUCUGAGAAGGAUUGCCGCACGAAGCACAGCGAACGCGAAAACAACACACUGUCGUUUAUCCGGCAGCAUCUCUCGCACGGAAUAACAGACGUGGUCACCAGCCUCCUCGCUUUGGCAGUCCCAAUCAACUCGGCGAUCCUGAUUUUAGCUGCCACAGCGUUCCACGAUGGCGCUGUAUCAAAUCCUAACACGGUGGGUCUCUUCGAAGCCCACGCUCUAAUAAAAGAGCGUAUCGGUAGUGCCGCUGCCACUAUUUUUGCUCUUGCGCUCGUCUGUGCCGGCCAAACGUCGAGCAUAACCGUCACCCUAGCGGGUCAAAUAGUAUCCGAGGGGUUCAUAGAGUGGAAAGUUUCGCCCUUUCUCCGGAGACUAAUCACACGGUGCAUUAGUCUGGUCCCAUCUGUGGUUGUGGCGAUUGCUGUUGGGCGAAACGGGAUCGACAAUCUCCUUGUCGCGUCCCAGGUCGUUCUCUCCAUCGUGCUACCCUUCGUUGCAUUCCCACUCAUCUACUUGACUUCCGCUGAGAUAGUGAUGCGGGUAAGAAAACCAACACCACCCACGGAGUCCUCCGUUCCGUCGCAAGAAGAAACAGUGCCGAAUGACAUCGCCGUCCUGGAAAUCGAGGAACCGACCAUUGCAACGGAGAAGAUCGUGGAGAAAAUACGCGUUGAAGUCCGUGAGGAAACCGUGGAUUUCAGCAACGGAAGGUUUCUCACUGCAUUGUCCUACGUCAUCUGGUGUGUGGUGCUAGUCGCAAACGCCUACGCAAUCGUAAUGCUCUUCGACGUUCGUUGA